AUGGAAGAAUUAAAGUUUCCUGCUAAGUUUGUUGGCUGGGUGAUGGAGUGUGUAGAAAUUUUGCACUACUCAAUUGGGGUUAAUGGAGAGUAUACUGAGUCUUUUGAUGCUACUAGAGGCCUGAGACAAGGAGAUACCAUGUCUCCCUUACUCUGUCAUUUCUAUGGAAUAUUUAGGCCUACCUGGAUAAAAGUUAGUUUGUAUUUUAGUGGAGUGAAGCAAUGUGAUAAGGACUUGAUCAUCCAGCAAUUAGGCUAUAUCACUGGUAGUACUAGAUAUCAAAGAAUAAGCAAAUGUAAAAAUGAUACUGAUGCUCCUGAUAUGGAAAAGAAAUACACUGUGCAACCUACUAUCUCUCUACCUGAUACUCGAUCUCCACACCCUCCUAUCAAGGGUCAUAUCCUUGAGCAAGGAGAAGAGCUAGUACAUUACAUUCCUGGGAUUAAACCAAUUUGCGUGAAGGAUCUCCCAUCUGUAUUCUAUGGCAAAGGCCGCAAAAAGUUGCCCUUCGUUCUCGACGCUAUAUCACUAUCGGUCAAUAAAGCACAAUACACCUUGUUCACCACCAUCGAAGCAUUGGAGCCCCAAGUGAUUGAGGCUUUACAAGCUAAAUUUCCAGUCCCCAUUUUCACAGUUGGUCCAACAAUCCCUUACUUUGAUACCGAAUUCAAAACUAACAGCCAUAACCAGCCUAGCCCAAACUACAUGGCGUGGCUUAAUGAUCAACCUAAGGACUCUGUUCUAUACAUAUCCCAAGGAAGUUUCAUGUCAGUAUCAAACCAACAGUUAGAUGAAAUUAAAGCUGGCGUGCAAAGCAGCAGAAUCCGGACGUUUGGGGUGGCACGUGAGAAUGCUUCCCUACUCACAGAUGGAGGUGAAAACGGGAACAGGGGAAUUGUGCUGCCUUGGUGCAACCAAUUGAGAGUUUUGUGCCAUCCUAGUGUAGGUGCAUUUUGGUCGCAUUGUGGAUGGAAUUCAACCAAGGAAGGUGCAUUUGCGGGUGUUCCAUUUCUUACAUUCCCAAUUGCCGCUGAUCAAAUUACGAACAGUAAGCUAAUAGUGGAGGACUGGAAGAUUGGCUGGAGGGUCAAUAACGAAAGCGAGAACCUGGUUAAGAGAGAUGAAAUUGCUCUACUUGUUCAGAGGUUUUUGGACCUCGACAGCUACCAAGGAAGAGAAAUGAGGAGAAGAGCAAUGGAAAUAAGGAAAAGUUGUCAAGAAGCAAUUGAAGGUGGAGCCAUCCAAGGAAAUAUUGACAGGUUUAUUCGGGAUAUUUCUCAGAGCCCGAGGAGAUAG